UCAAUUCCAAAGCGAUGAGAUAAAAGAGAGAAGAGAUAAAACCUUUGAUGUUGUCCACACUCUCUUUUAUUUCUUCUCCUUCUUGAAACUUCCUCUCUCUCUCUCUCUCUCAACAAGAAAACGACGUAGUUUUCGCUUGCUUCAAUGGACUUUGAAGACAACAACAACAACGAAGAAGAAGAUGAAAUGAAUCUUCACGAGGAAGAAGAAGAAGACGAAGACGCCGUUUACGACUCUCCUCCUCUUCCUCCACCGUCUCGCGUCCUUAAAACAUCCACUGAAAGUCCUGACACGGCCGGAACAACCUCAACAGGCGGUGGAGGGUUCAUGGUGGUACACGGUGGUUCCUCCGGUGGAGGAGGAGGAAGCAGGUUUAGGUUCCGUGAGUGUCUCAAGAACCAAGCGGUGAACAUAGGAGGACACGCGGUGGAUGGCUGUGGUGAGUUUAUGCCAGCUGGAAUCGAAGGCACCAUCGACGCCCUAAAAUGCGCCGCGUGUGGCUGUCACCGUAACUUCCACCGCAAGGAAUUACCUUACUUCCACCACCACGCGCCACCGCAUCAGCCUCCUCCUCCUCCUCCACCGCCGGGAUUCUACCGUCUUCCAGCUCCGGUGAGUUAUCGACCACCGCCGUCACAGGCUCCUCCGCUUCAGCUAGCUCUUCCUCCUCCACCACAAAGAGAGAGAUCAGAAGAUCGUAUGGAGACUUCUUCUGCGGAGGCAGGAGGAGGAGGAAGUGGGAUUAGGAAGAGGUUUAGGACUAAGUUCACGCCGGAGCAGAAGGAGAGGAUGUUAGCUUUAGCUGAGAGUAUUGGUUGGAGAAUUCAGAGACAAGAUGAUGAAGUGAUCCAGAGAUUUUGUCAAGAGACUGGUGUUCCGAGGCAAGUCCUUAAGGUUUGGUUACAUAACAACAAACACACUCUUGGUAAGUCGUCGUCUCCACCACUUCACCAGCAUCAGAAUCCAACUCUUCCUCAUCCUCCACAGCCUUCUUCGUUUCACCAUGAACAAGACCAACCAUGAAUCUUGAUUUUCUUGAUCACUGUUAGGGUUUUUAAUUUAGCUAAUCAAUCACUUGAGGAAUUUAAGAGGGUUUUUAUUUUAUUGUUUGAUUUAUGUACCCAUUUUCGUUUUUCUUGGUGAUGAUGUUCUUGAUGACGCUAUUUCUGUUUAAUUACGUUUCUCAUUAUCAACUUCUAAAGUCUCUGAGGAAAUUCUUGAGUUGUCUAUAGCUAUAAUUAGUGACUAGUGCGGAUUUUAGUAAUUAACAUCACAUGUGUCAGUGUUUUAGAUCUA